AUGGAUAAUCCUAAUCAGUUGAUGGAUGAAUAUUGUUUAUCGCAUAUUUGUUCAGUAUUUACAGUUUUUGUUCUGGUCAAUAUACCAAAAAUAAAAGCUUCGACUAUUGACGAUUUCACUUCCUUAUGCAAUUGCGAUAUCAAUUGUCCAGAAAGCAAAGUAAUUGGCUUACAAAAGAAGAAGAGGGAUGAAUUGUCAAGAGUUAAUGAUGGAGGAAUCAAUGAUGACGGAAAUCGCACAAUUUGCGGAAGUGAUCGUGAUAUUGGUAAUCGCACUUUUCCCAGUAUAUGCCAUAUGAUGUGCUACAAUAACUGUACAAGAUAUAAUUCAAGAAAGUUGGUGCAAGAUGACAAGGAACUUGUACACCUUACAGCUUCUAGAGACAAUUUCUACAAAUUGCACGAUGGCGCGUGUCAAAGCAUAUAAACUCUGCUUUGGCCACGCACGCAAUCACAAAUCCCAAUAAAACUAAAUGGAAUAAAGAGAAGACAAUUCUGUCGGAAGUAACGUCAAAAUAGAAGAAAGCCACCUCGUCACGUUCUAUUCCGAAUUAGAGACAGAUGUCAAAUGAGCCUUUAGCAAUUAUACUCAGUUUUCUAUACUUUUCUUUUCUUUUCGUGAUUCUUUUGAACUCGCUGUCAUAGCAUUUCCGAAUUAACGACCUCGCAGACGUCCACCACUCGGCGACUUCGCUUCUGCGCUAAUAAAUAGGUAAUUAAGAUGACAGAAUGCAUACCAUGCCUUCGUUUGCAAAAGACGCAAAAAGUAUCCUCAUAAUUAGAAGAUGUGAACAUAUAGUCAAUGCAACGACAUGAAAAUAGCAAGCAGAUAGUAGUUAGAAAUAAAUGUCACUGCCGACGUUCUCCUAGUUAUUCGUGUUUUGUAAAUGUCUUCUAUAGCUAGUUGAUCUAUUAGAGCAUAAUUUUUUAUAUCGAAAGAAAAAU